AUGGAGGAUGUGGUUGAUCGAACUCGUUGGAAGGAUAGUGAAGAUAAUUUACAAUUUUUUCACUCUUCGGAAGCUUGGUACUCUUUUCGGCUGAGAAACAACAAAGUUGCUUGGGUUGAUUCGGUUUGGUUUAGCCAGUGUAUUCCUAGACACUCGUUUCACAUUUGGCUCGUUAUCAAUAACAAGCUAAAGACUCAGGAUAGGAUGGCUAUUUGGGAAGCGGGUAGUGCCACUAACCUCAUCCUCAUGUGUUGUCCGCUGUGUUGUUAUGAUCGCCACUCUAGGGAUCAUCUCUUUUUCCAGUGUUCUUAUGCAUCUGAGGUGUGGGAAACAGUUAGGGAAAGGGUUGAUAUGGGGAGCGUCAAUAACACAUGGAGCUCGAUUAUGGGUUGGAUGGAGCAUAGUGCUAACUCUAGGCAACUUGAAAGGAUUGUUUGCAAGAUUCUUUUAGGGGCAGCUACUUAUUUCAUAUGGCAAGAAAGAAACAACCGGUUAUUCUCGAAGCUUCAACGUACCCCGUCUAUGCUUUCGCAAGUUAUUAUUAAUACCGUUCGGUUGAAGAUAAUGGGAUUUAGGCUUGCUAGACACCCGAAUCACAUGAAGAUUCUUGACAGGUGGCAGAUCUCGAAGAAGGAUAUGAUUUCGGAUCCAGGCUAA